CAACAUCAGUGAUCACUGGCUAGUUGUCGCCGGUUACCUCGAAGGGAGCGCAUUCCCGGAGCUGUACAGCGGACCCGUGUUACAAGAUCGGAUUUUUGCCCCGCAUUCCCUUUAGUUUUACCCCAAGUCCCCGUGUGGAUUAAAAAAACCCAUUUGUUUCGCUUAGGUAGCUAGGUUAACAACGACAACGUGAGAAAGUAACGUGAUGGCCGACAUUGACAAGCUCAACAUAGACAGUAUCAUUCAGCGGCUUCUGGAAGUGCGGGGUUCCAAGCCAGGUAAGAAUGUGCAGCUGCAGGAGAAUGAGAUCCGUGGCCUGUGCCUGAAGUCUCGCGAGAUCUUCCUCAGUCAGCCCAUCCUGCUGGAGCUGGAGGCUCCCCUCAAGAUCUGCGGAGACAUUCACGGCCAGUACUACGACCUGCUGCGGCUCUUUGAGUACGGCGGCUACCCGCCCGAGAGCAACUACCUGUUCCUGGGGGACUACGUGGACCGAGGCAAGCAGUCGCUGGAGACCAUCUGCUUGCUGCUGGCCUACAAGAUCAAGUACCCCGAGAACUUCUUCCUGCUCAGGGGCAACCACGAGUGUGCCUCCAUCAACCGCAUCUACGGCUUCUACGAUGAGUGCAAAAGGCGCUACAACAUCAAACUCUGGAAGACCUUCACCGACUGUUUCAACUGUCUCCCCAUCGCUGCCAUCGUAGACGAGAAGAUCUUCUGCUGUCACGGAGGUCUGUCCCCCGACCUGCAGUCCAUGGAGCAGAUCCGGCGCAUCAUGCGGCCCACAGACGUGCCGGACCAGGGCCUGCUGUGUGACCUGCUGUGGUCGGACCCCGACAAGGACGUGCUGGGCUGGGGGGAGAACGACCGUGGAGUCUCCUUCACCUUCGGGGCUGAGGUGGUGGCCAAGUUCCUACACAAGCACGACCUGGACCUCAUCUGCCGAGCGCACCAGGUGGUUGAAGACGGCUAUGAGUUCUUUGCCAAGAGGCAGCUGGUGACGCUCUUCUCAGCGCCCAACUACUGUGGAGAGUUCGACAACGCCGGAGCCAUGAUGAGUGUGGACGAGACGCUCAUGUGCUCCUUCCAGAUCUUGAAGCCAGCAGAGAAGAAGAAGCCCAACUCCAGCCGGCCCGUCACCCCGCCCCGGAACAUGGUGACCAAGCAGGCCAAGAAAUGAGGAGGUGGGGGGUGUCCCGCACCUCACACCUCCCCUCCCCUCCCCAACCCCAGCCCCACACCCCCUGCGGGCGUCAGGGAUCCCGGCCUACCCCAAACCUCACAGAGAGCCUUGAUCUCGCCCCUCCAUGGGACUCAAGAUACAGUAAGACAACCAAUGAGAGUCAAGGGAGAAACCCCUUUUUUGGGCUCCCAUUGGUUGUGGUUUUGGAUCCUGAGUGUCAUAGAGGGGUGUGAUGUCGGCUUUGUUAUUGGCCAUGCUGGACUACUACUACUUCUCAUGUGGUCUUCAUCUUGUCUUUGCUCGGAGCUCCAUCACCACCACCACCACCCCUCCUCUCUACCUUAUGCCCUCUCCUCUCUUUAGUGGUCGCUUGAACUCACUCGAACUGUCGACUGCCUUUUUAAUUAAUUCUUUUCCCUUGAUGAUUUUUUAUGUUUUUUUGUUUUUGUUUGUUCCGUCCUCCCCUUUUUAAUUUUUUUUUGUUUUGUUGCUGCGACCCUCAAAAAAAAAGACCACACAGCUCCAUGAAUGAGGAUUGGUUUCGGAGAGAUGGAGAGGGGUUUGGGAUGUGAAAUGGAUGGGAGGGGGUUUCAAGGGGUUGGGUGCGCACAUUGUAUAGUUCCCUCUGUUAUUCUGUGUUUGUUUUGUUUUUAAAUGUUAUUUCAUUUGCUUUUUUUGGAAAUAAUCUUCAGAGACAAUUUAAAUCGCUUUUUCUAACCUUGAAAUACUUCAGGAUAAAGCAUUUCAGUCUCCAACACCAUUUCACACACAAAAACACACACAAAAACACACACGCACACACUGGCACGCUUGCUAGCAGCAGGAUGGCAGGCCUCAUUGCUUUGAAGUGCUCUCUGCUCGGUGGCUGGGAAGAAGACCGCACUCCACCCACACAGGACUAUUGCACACUCCUGAGAGCCUGCCAGACGCACAGAUGGGCACGGAAAGAAAAGCCUAAUUCAGCAAAACAAGUAAAGGAGGAGUACAGGAUGACGAAAAACAAAAAAUGAAGUGACCCACAUUUCCUAUCGCUCCAAGAUGUAGUCAUUUUAAAACCACUGUGAUUUCAAAUCAUACUCAGUGUAUAUUCACUCUAGAAUGAAGCAAAACAGGCAAAACUUUACUGAAGCGCAAGAGGCUGGCUAAACGUUUUCCUCUUUUUUUUUAAUCGUUUGCUUUUAUCAUUUGAUUUUUAUUUUGGUCAGGUGUGCCAUGAGAAAUGAUUCCCAUCUGCUCUAGUCAAAUGUUUUUGCUUUUCCUUUUUGAAAGUUUGUUGGCUUGUUUUUAUAUUAUGUAUGUAUUUUAUUUUAAUUUUGAACGCUGUCAUUGGCAGAGUAUUUGUUUUUGCGUUUAUAAGUACACUUCCCCCUUUCCCCUUGCCACCAUCUUGGCUGUAGCACUCCAUGUAAAGUUCAUGUUUUUACAAUCCGUCAGGAAAAACAGAAGUGGUUGGGUUUGAAGCACAGCAGAGAGACACUUAUCAGGUUGUGGAAAACACUUGUAUGUCCAGUGCUGUUCUUUGUAGAUCUUUAAGUACCAUUCUAGUUUCUAUCUUAUAUGAGAACAUUGAUGCCUUGAUUUUUCUUAUUUUUUUCCUCUUUUCACCUCAUGCUUUUGCUGUUGGGACACAGAUGUGAAAAGAAAUGACUUGACUGCCUCCACAGGUGUUUUUUGCAUCCGGUUUUGGGCAUGUGGAUGACAAAUGAUGACCUUCAGGAGGACUUUUUCUUUUUAUGUUGCAUGCAUCUCUACUCUUUAGGGAAAAAAAACACUUUAGGACGUUAAGGCCUCAUCGCCAACUUUCUCUCUUUCUCUUUAUCUCCAAUAUUCUCUCUCUCUCUCUACCUUUUCUGGCAUGCGUGUUUUGGCAUGUCCAAACAUGAUGUAGCUGUCCAUCAUGAAACACAAACUCUCAAGAAGUUUCCGUUUUUUUUCUCUUCUUGCCAGCUUUUUUUGUUCGUUUCUUUACAUUUCAUGUCUCACCACCUCAAACCCUACUGUAAAACAAAAAAGUUUUUUUUUGUUUUUUGUUCAGUCUUGGCAAUAAAACUCUGAUUUCCACGUAUAAAUAAUUGUAAUACUUGGUUAAAUAAUAAAGGUAGAGGAAGGGGGACAGUGGAA